AUAUUACUUAGCUUUGGGUCAUUGGUGUUGUACUUUGUGAAAUGACAUCACUAUAGGUGACCUGAAUCUUAGCUAGGCAAUUCCCACAGGGCAUCAGACAUCCAGUGGGGUUAAAGCCCACACUUGUGAUGUGACAGGCUGGACUGGGCUUGGACCAUGCCUUGCCCUCACAAGGCUCCGUAAGCGAUGAGAGCUUUCAUCAAGGUUGGCAAGUGAAUGAAUAAAACUGCACUGCCUCUAGAUGUCCUACACCUCCCGCCAGAAACACCUCAUCAAGAAGCUGUGGGAUGAGAAAGUUUUUCGGGAAAAAAUAAAGGCUUUUCGGGAGAAGAUCAAGGGCUUUCGGGAGAAGAUGAAUGCCUUUCGGGACAAGAUCAGGGCCUUCAGGAUGGCGAUCCAGGCCUUCUGGGAGGAGGAAAACCCCAUCUGGGAGGAGGAAAAUGCCUUUCGGGAGGCAGAAAAGACUUUCCGGGAAGAAGCAAAAGCCUUCUGGGAGGGGUACAGGGACUUCUGGAAGGGGUAUAAUGCUUUCUGGAAGAAGGACAAGGCUUUCUGGAAGGAGGAUCAGUUCCUCUGGGAAAAGGACAAGGUUCUCCUGGACGAGGACAAGGUCCUGUGGGCAGAAGAAAAGGCUCUCUGGGCAGAUGAAAAAGCCCUCCUAGAAGAGGAAAGAGCGUUCUGGGAGGAUGAGGAAGCCCUCAGAGAAGAUGAAAAAGCCCUCCAAGAAGAUGAAAAAUCUAUCUGGGAGGGGGCAUUUGGCCCUCUGAGAGGAGAACAAUUACUGAUAGCUGUAGUUAUCAAUGCUCCUGGGGCUCAUGGCCCAGAUAUUCUUAGAGGAAGAGGGUAGCCCGAGGGAAUGAAAACAAGGUGUAAAUUAUUCUGCUGGAUUCAAAACCACUAUUUGGAAAGUCACAUAUGAUGAAGCACCUGUGUAAUUAGUCAGUUACCCUCUUUGCUUUGAUUACUCUCUGAACUAGCCUCUUUGACCCCAGAAACCUGAUAAAAGCCUAAUGGAAUUUCAGUAGAACUA